AGGCUGCCAGGAAGUCAGGAACGGCCAGCCGGAAGGAGACUUCGCGCGCGGGGCUUUAUGGGACGAGUAGUCACGGCAUUCACGAGGCCCUACCUCGAGCAAGUCCUAGAUUCCCCAGGUCUGCUCGUCCCGUACUUACAGCCCUUCGCUCCUCGAUGCGCACUCUCUCCAGUGGCGAACCUUCGGCAGAGUUGGUCUGGCGGCUUCUUGCUCCCACAAGGCCGCGCGAGCCGCGGGGGUUGCCGGGAGUUGUAGUCCCUGCUGUGCGUCCUGCGUCCACAGAGGGGGAGGGCGGAGCUGCCGGCGGCCCGGCGGGCUGGCAGCUAGAGUGGGUGCGAGAGCCGCCUCCGCCGCCGCUGCCACCGCCUCCUCCGCCUGGGCCGUUCGCUGCUGAGCGGGGAGAGCGAGGCGGGGCCGCCGGGGCCGCCAUGGAGCCCGACUCGGUGAUUGAGGACAAGACCAUCGAGCUCAUGUGUUCUGUGCCAAGGUCUUUGUGGCUAGGCUGCGCCAACCUGGUAGAGAGCAUGUGCGCACUGAGUUGCCUGCAGAGCAUGCCCAGUGUCAGAUGUCUCCAGAACACUUCAGUUAUGGAAGAUCAAAAUGAAGAUGAGUCCCCAAAGAAAAGUGCUCUUUGGCAGAUAAGUAACGGAACGUCAUCUGUGAUUGUCUCCAGAAAGAGGCCGUCAGAGGGGAACUACCAGAAAGAAAAGGACUUGUGUAUUAAGUACUUUGACCAGUGGUCUGAAUCGGAUCAGGUGGAAUUUGUGGAGCAUCUUAUCUCACGAAUGUGUCAUUAUCAGCAUGGACAUAUUAACUCCUACCUGAAGCCCAUGUUGCAGCGGGACUUUAUCACCGCCUUACCAGAGCAAGGCCUAGAUCACAUAGCAGAAAACAUCCUCUCCUACCUGGAUGCCAGGUCUCUGUGUGCAGCAGAGCUGGUAUGUAAGGAAUGGCAGCGAGUGAUCUCAGAAGGGAUGCUAUGGAAGAAGCUGAUUGAGAGGAUGGUGCGCACUGACCCUCUCUGGAAGGGCCUCUCAGAAAGAAGAGGGUGGGAUCAGUACCUGUUUAAAAACAGACCUACAGAUGGCCCUCCCAAUUCAUUUUAUAGAUCAUUAUACCCAAAGAUUAUCCAGGACAUAGAGACCAUAGAAUCAAAUUGGCGGUGUGGACGGCACAACUUGCAGAGGAUCCAGUGCCGCUCUGAAAAUAGUAAAGGUGUCUACUGCUUGCAGUAUGAUGAUGACAAGAUCAUCAGUGGCCUCCGAGACAACUCGAUCAAGAUUUGGGAUAAAACCAGUCUGGAAUGUUUGAAAGUGCUAACGGGACACACGGGCUCUGUCCUCUGCCUCCAGUAUGAUGAGCGAGUCAUUGUAACUGGUUCUUCAGAUUCAACGGUGAGAGUCUGGGAUGUGAACACGGGUGAAGUUCUCAACACACUCAUCCAUCACAAUGAAGCUGUGCUGCACUUACGCUUCAGCAAUGGACUGAUGGUGACUUGUUCCAAGGACCGUUCCAUUGCUGUAUGGGACAUGGCUUCUGCCACUGAUAUCACUUUACGCCGUGUCCUGGUUGGCCACCGUGCUGCUGUCAAUGUAGUAGACUUUGAUGAUAAGUACAUUGUGUCUGCCUCUGGAGACAGGACCAUUAAAGUGUGGAGCACCAGCACUUGUGAGUUUGUUCGCACUCUGAAUGGGCAUAAGCGGGGUAUCGCCUGUCUGCAGUACAGAGACCGGCUGGUUGUUAGCGGAUCAUCAGAUAACACUAUCCGGCUAUGGGAUAUUGAAUGUGGUGCCUGUCUAAGAGUCCUAGAGGGGCACGAAGAAUUGGUCCGAUGCAUCCGUUUUGAUAACAAGAGGAUUGUCAGCGGCGCCUAUGAUGGGAAGAUUAAAGUCUGGGACUUGCAAGCUGCUCUUGACCCUCGGGCCCCGGCAAGCACGUUGUGUCUGCGUACCUUGGUGGAACACUCUGGACGUGUGUUUCGGCUGCAGUUUGAUGAGUUUCAGAUCAUCAGCAGUUCUCAUGAUGACACUAUUUUGAUUUGGGAUUUCUUAAACGUGCCUCCCAGUGCCCAGAAUGAGACACGCUCUCCCUCUAGAACCUACACCUACAUCUCCAGAUAGCGGUCUGCACUUUGGCCCAAUCUGGGUUUCCUGAUCUUGAACUACUGGCUACAUGGCUACCACAUGCCUAAGGGAGUUCGUUGACAGCUGAAUUCUGGGGCUGGAAUUGGUUCUAGAUGCUGGGUAGACACAAAGCAGCCCCACUCUUCAAGCCCCAACAUUUCCCACCGCCGCCUCUGGCUCUACUUGUAGAAGGACAGCUCAGCUUACCACCUGCAAGUAGAGCAGAGCUCAUGUCCCUCCCUUCAGUGAAGAACCCAACGCUUCCGAUGCACAUGUUCACGUGAAGGACACAUGGCCUGUUCUUCAGAAGCAGAGCGACCGUCAGGAGAAGACUUGCCUCUAAUUUACAUCGCUUUGCACCUUGGUUUGGUACUAAAGUCAGCGUUGCAUUCUUGGUGAAUGUUGGGUGUUGAGGGCUUUCCUCUCCAGCAGCAGCCGCAGCAGCAGCAGCUUCUCCUUAGACCUUCAGGCCACUGUAUUCUGACGUGCAUAGGAAUGUGUCGGACAAUGGACAGCUCUGGAUUAUUUUAGUAUUUUUGGAUUUCACUUCCUUUCUGUACCAGUUUCUUUUAAUUUAAAGAAUAAGUGAGUUAUAUUGCCUCUUCACAGGUAAUAUAGCUGUUUUCUUUUAUUAACUGUUCUCUGUUCCCUCAUCAUUUCUUGGUAUUUGGUAGAGUAACACCUUCAUCCAUGUGCUUGCCUCCUAAUUUAAAAUACUGUCCCCGCAUGUAGAUAUAAUGUACAUAACAAUGAAGCUCAAGGUUGCCGUGCUGGGCCCACAGCAGAGACACUACUGUGGAGUGCGCACUAGCGCAGGUGGGCGGGACCCUGCUCCAGGGUUGCUGUGACCCUAGAGCUGUCCUGCAGUAUUCACUCGCCCUUCUUUUGUCGCGUCUGUGUGCCGUGCUUUCCCAUGGGACUGCAGGAGUCUAACACGAUGUUACUCGUUUUGUGGCAUCUGCAGUGGACAGGUAUCUGUGCGGUCUCUAUGUCACUGUUCUUUUCCUCAUGUGUACCCCUCUGAGAGCUGGGGGUCACUUCAUCAUGGUGAUCCUUGGCUUUUCUGUCCAGCAUCCUUCUCUGUGGCAGUAACCCUGAGACAGGGGAAGGCAGCCCCAUUGACUGGGCUCCUGGCUUGGGGCUCCCUGCACUCUGCAAGGUGUUGGAGGCUACUGAGUUAGAGCCUGCAGAGCAGGUCAGCUGUUGAGAGCCCACAUUGAGGUCAAGCACUCGUAUGUUGAGCACAGCCUCAGGCCCCGUCAGCUCUGUUGUCCCUCAUCACUUCAGUCCUCAAAGCUCCCGGCAUGAGAGAGACACAGACAGGACAUUGGUUGACAUGAUUUCCCUCUUUCAAGAUUAGGUUUUGAUUUGCCCCUCACCAUUGUUCCCAAAGAUCAAGGAAUGUCAGUUCCCUUUAAAGGACCAACCAGCCCUCCCUGUGAAUGGAGCCUCUUCCCAUGGAAGCACACUCAAGGAGAGAGAAAGCUCUGGGCUCCACUUGUCCUGGCAUUGUGAUGGCUGUGGGCUCUGUGUGUUGGUGAUUUGUUUACUGGGUUGGUGAUGCUUUUUAGAUAUUGGUUUCUUUUCUUUCUUUCUUUUUUUUUUCUUGUUUGUUUUGAUACAUCGUUCCUCACAUGCUUCUCCAUUUGUCUCUGAGAGGUGGGGGCUCAAAUACGUAGAAAGAAGGCCCCUGUCUAUAAGGGGGAGGUGUGACCACACCACCUCACAGCUCACCAUCCGUUUGACAGGAAUGCCCAGGGGAGAGGGAGAGGGGAGGAAGUGAGUUCUGGACAAUUGGACUUUUUUGUUGUUUUUGCAUGUUAAAUAUAGAAGUUCCUGUCGAUCCUUGGGAGAUCAUGGCCUUCAAAUAUGCACACGACCUUUGAAUUGUGCCUACUAAAUUAUAGCAGGGGACUUGGGUACCCAAGGAAUUCCAAUUUCUGGGAUUACGGUAGUAAUUCCCAGUUGUACUCUGGACUUUAUUUUGCUAACCGUAAUUGAGCAACUGUAAAUUACUGCUAUAUUAAUGUGUUAAAGCACUGGGGUAGUCUAAUUCUAACUGGUAAUUAAUUAUGUUUGCCAAUUAUCUGUUUGAAAUAAAUAUGUGUCUGAACAGCUAUUGAAACUGUUAAAUUGUACAGAUAUUAUCAUGACGGCUUUGUACUGUGGAAUGUGCUUAAUAAAAAAAAAGUUUGACCUUUGUCCAGUAAAUUGCUAAGUAAUGUCAGUAAAUCAAGAUGAGUAUUAUGCCGUACACCUGACCUGGCUUCAUGGCGAUUGUUACUUCAGCUACUAAUUCAAAGCCAAUACUCUCAAUAAAGUGUUGCAGU